AUGGUCACCGGUUUAAACCGCCCACAUUUUGGUGAUAUUAUCACCAAACGGUUUCACAGAGUUAUCGGCCUUCGCACCGGCGGUGCCAUUCGAUGUGGUGGUCUGAUUAGUUUCAUUGCCCACUCCCUCGUGGAGCAAAUCCCUCCUGGGUACACCUUCUUUCAAGUUGAGUCUUCCCGUUUGACCCUGCAGAACCAUCGGGCUAUGCACAUGCUUUGUCCUAGCAGGCCCAUUUACUUCAAGGUUACUGGGCCUGAUGUCAUCGCCCUAGCAGAUCCCAUUAACGACACCAUGUGGGUUCUCCCGUCGAACAUCCCACCACCUCCUUGUCCACGCAGUGCACAGCAGGUCAGACAACCACAAUCUAAUCGACCAUCUUCGUCUACUCAACACCCAGACUACGCAGACGCCACACCUGUUUCCUUUAGCCAGCCUGAUCCCAUGCAGACUGACUUUUAG